UUGACAGCAAUACAGCUGGCGUUGAUCGAGAAAGACUGGGAAUGUUGUACAGUUCCUUUUAAAAUGUGGAGCUGAUGUUGACCGGAAUGUUGCUCCAAAAGGGAAAUCAUUUUUACACGAGCUCUCUAUGGAUACUAGUGUAGAUGCUCAAACAGCAACAUCUGUUACUGAACAGUUGCUGACACGUGGCUUUCGUCUUAACGACCGUGAUCCACAAGGUGACACGCCCUUGAACCUCGCCGCUAGGUAUGGAAACUGGAAGAUGGUUUGCGUGUUAUUAGAGCAUGGUGCUGAUGCUAGCAUACCCGACAGUCAGGGAUGGUUUGUGUUUCACAGGCUGGAAAUGGACACUACUCACCCGAAAUACAAUGAAAUAAAUUUGUCAUCCUUACUGUUGCUACUAACUAGAAAUGGAUUUCAAGUGAACCAGACAGGACCUGCUGGAAAGAGCUGUAUACAGCUAUCGUUAGAGCACAGAAAGUGGGAAUUGUUUUGGUGGCUUGUAGAAUCCCAGCUAUCUUUUGUCUUUACUCUUCAAGAAAAAAAGACAAUUUUACAACACAUUUAUUUGAUUACAAGUGAAAAUUCGGACCCGGAGAAGGUGAGAACUUUGAUAUUGCAUGUCACUGAAAAAGGCGAUUCUUCUUGCCGAGAACUUACAGAGUGUAAAGACGAAGCCCUUAAAUUAAGUUUUUCAAAUUGCAACUGGGUUAUGGCUAAAAAACUUGUUGAAUGUGGUGCUGAUUUAGGAAUCAUUUCUGGGCCUAAACCUCUGAUGCACCUUCUUGUUUUAAAAUAUCGGCUACAAGACCGCGCAACGUGGCUGUCUUUUCUAGACGCUUUACUUGCGCUGGGAGUAGAUAUUAACAGUCGGGAUGAAAGUGGAAAAACAAUCCUAUAUCAGAAGUGGAGGGAUUUUAUCGUCAACUGUCGAUUUAAAUUUUCAAACUCUUUUAUCCACGAGUUGGUGAACAGAGGAGUCAGUCCUCUUGUCGCAGACGAUGAAGGACAAUCACUGCUCAUAGAUGUUUUGGUUCUUGAGAGAAAUCUGGCUUUAGAAUCCGUCAAAUUGCUUAUAGAGCUAGGCGUCUCCACCCAUCAACCGGCCUUGACAGACAAUGCUAACACCAACAGCGGGUCGAGAAGUCUGCAAGCAUCAACACGAUCUCCUACACAGCGGGCUUUUGAGAAGAAAUACGUCAAGGCCUUUGAGAUGUUGGUUGAAUCAGGCGCCAGCUCCAACAGGGAAUUAUUUGAUCUCAGUACACGAUAUCAGGCGGAGCUUUCCUCCAGAAAGAAGACUAAAGCAGAGAGAAAGAUGCUGAACAUACUGAACCACGCCGCCAGUCAGCCUCGGUCUCUCAAGUCUUUGUGUCGCCUGACUGUCUCUCACGCUCUUGGCUGCGGCCCUCGCAGGAGGGAUAGGGUUAAGUCCCUUCCACUUCCUACUUCACUUCAGGAUUAUGUCCAGUUUUGCGAUUUUGGAUCUUGAGAAGAAGAGACGGAAGAAACAGAAAAUGUCUAUUUUCAGGAUACACGAUUCGACAUAACGGAUGAUCCAUACGCGAACCUAUCGAUGUCGGUUGACGAUUAUGAUUACGAACUGUAUGAUUUUGAAGAGGACAAUUCUCUUUAUUUCCUGCUCCCCAACUACAUAUAGUGAGUUAGAUUCUUUCGUCCAGCCAUAGACCGACAUGUUUUAAUGGAAUAGACGGUAAUCAUUUUUUUUAUUUGCAUAUCAUUUUGCACUGAAGCAACAUCUCUGCUCGUAACGGUCUGCACGCUUAAAAUAACCGUGAACUUUUGAACUUUUUUUUUGCUUACUUUGUGCCGUACAGACUUACAUAUGGCAUGACAUUAGCAAUGUUUCUGUGAGAGAUACUUUUACUGACAGCGUUGAUUCUCUUUCUUCCUGUAAUCUUUUCUACUCAGCGGUUAACUCGGUAUUUUACAGAUGCGUUGUAUUGUUCGCCCAAUUUGUGUAAAGCGCAAAAACCUGGGAUUCUGUCAUCGUAAAGCUCAUUUCUUUUGGCAUCACUAUCGACUUUUUAAAGUGUUGAAACAAGGUAUGUGCCUACUGAAGAUCAACAUUACAACAAAUUCCGAUCUGCAUUUUCUUCUGUGAUUUUCCGUUAUGUUGUCUUCUUAACAUACGGCAGACGUCCCUGACCCAGAUUACUGAGACCCACGUGACCUUCAGUAGAUUGUUUUAUGUUGUCACUGGACACUACAUUUUGCUUGCUUUUGCUCAUAGAUACUGUAUUUUGUAUCAAAAGUGUUUAAUUUAAUUAUUUUUGAUAUUUGCGUUUUGCGGCUUCAUGUUUUUAUAAAGAUAUUUUGCAAGUAUAGAUAGAGUAGAUCUGUUCGAUGUUAUAUACAGCAGUGAGCGGGUCCAGUUCGCAGGACAUUGUGCUUCUCCAGAAGGCUGAUCUUGCAAUGACCGUUUGCUCUAACGGCAGUUGUGUGGAUGGAACGAUGUUUCUGUCUGCGAGUGUAAGGCCGCAGCUCCGGUAUUUGCGAUUUGCACUUCCAUACAGGCGGCAGAAUAACUUUUCAGCCAAUUUUCGAAGCAAAACUUUUUCUAUUAUAUUCCACGCAAUGGACUCCAGUCUGACCACAUCUGUGGUGAUGGUCAACCACCGUCUUCACUACAGAGGGAUAUGGUGGUCUCUGUUUUGAGACCAGUGUCCAUGAUUAUUCUGUUUUUUUGGAGAUGGGUCACUUUGUGCCUACCGUUGAUACUGGGUGAAGCACUCUCUCAAUUACUUUUAUUUCUACUGUUGUGCACUGUGCUUUCAUGUUUGUGUAUUCACUAAGAGGCCGCUCUAACAAAGUGUACUCCAACAUCUCUAUGCAAGGGCGCUAUAUAAAUGUGCUAAUUAUUGUUAUCAUCAUGAUUACUAUGUUUUGUUUAUAAGUUUUUUCAUUAUUGUGACAAAAACUAGAAAGGUUGCUGAGAAAGAUUUUUUUUUUGGAAAGAAAUCUGGAUUUAUAAGUUGUAGACUAAAACCUGGAUUAAAAAUAGGGACAAAACAUCUAAAGGCUCACAAAGGUAUAUUAAAUAAUUCGGGCGGCACAGGGUUUGACUCAAAGUUAAUUACAACCCAAGCUUGUUUUGGGGAUAUAGAUAUAUAACGGCGUCUUUAUGUAAAUGACAGACAUAUAUAUAUAUCAUGGGCUGUCAUAAUUUUGGUUUGAAAAGCAUCAUCGGGAAAGGAAAAUAUUGGGCAUUGGCAUGUCGCAACCUUUCCACUGCUGAAUACUUCUUGUAGACAGCAAUGAGAUGUGAACUAUUUUGAACUAGUUUUCUUUUAUUUUCACUUUAAGUUUAUUAGAUUGAAAGAGAAAUCUUAUAACAGCUUUGUUUGUGUGUGUUUAUUUUGUUGGGGUCUUUUUGGCAAGCGUAUCUACGAAGUCACAGAGACCUGAUCUGCUCCCUUGCAUUUCACACUUUACCAGAUGAUUCUUCUAGGAUGUGGUGUGAUGUGUUUCAGACUAUUUCUUAUGUACAAACACCUCAUUAUUAGUUUUUAUCUAGAUGUGACGUAACGAGUCAUAUAGUAUUCGCAAUACAGAAUUUAGAAUACAAUGUAGGCCAAGUGAAUUAAAGCAGCUUGUACACGUCUGCUUACAUUCCAUCCAUUACCCAUCGCUCGUUCGGACAAACUUCUCGUUUACCCUGCUGAUCUGUGAAACACCUUUGAUGUUUGGAACCUAUCGCUGUACCAGUAUAUUAGACAGCUUGAGAGUCAGCGCUGACGAGACGCGUAUGUGUAGCAUCACGGGAACGUGCGCUCUACGUCAUCACUUCAGCAGAAGCCAGCCGCACGGCGACGGGUAGAAUGGAGUCUAGCGGUUGUGAUCAGAACGUUUAAAUUGUUCGCUUUAUUUCAGGUCAUUUCAAUGACAGUCAAUAAAAAUUUCAGUUGCAGGUUAAUGUUUACAUGUUCUGCAAUCAUAAUAUUUGUUGCCAGCAAACUGAGCUGCGUGUUCACGAAGUUAAAACAGUUUAAAAUGACCACGUCUGCAAUCGCGUAGUCUCGGUUCGUUUUUGUCUAUUGAAUCAUUUAAACAAGAUUUGCUAAGACCCUUUCCGUAGAAUUUUUUGUAAUAAUGCGAUAAAACUGUUAAAGAUAAUUAUAUUCCUUAUAAUUUUCUUCAUCAUUACUUAUUUGUCCCCCAAAUAACCGUAAAAUAUUUCUAUUACUAUUAUAGAGCAGUGGGAAGAACUACCUAACUCGUGAAUAAUUAUUUCAUACCAUAGGCAAAAAUUAUUAAUGUUGUAAACUAAUCUUUGCAUUUUAUUAAUCAUACCAUUUUAAUAGUUGUUUUAUAAUUAUGUAAUGUAUAGUAUGAUAUUUUUAACAAACAAUUAUAAACAACGUAGACAGUUUCAUUUUAUUAUUUUAAUUUUAUUAGUUAUUGUGUUAAUAGUUUAUUAUUUCUACUAGUUAUAUAAUGUCAAAAUGAAAUACUGAGCAUUUUUGUCUGUUUUCCUUUGAUUUGGGUUUAUAUAAUGUAAGAAUGAAAUGCUGAGCAUUAUAUACCAGCAGAAAAUGGAGAAAGGUUUGCAAACUAUUAAGCCCAAUUUUAACUAUUGAGUCAUUCAUUUACAGGUUAAAAUUUAAUGCCACACUUAUUUUUUUAAUGUAAUCCAAUUCACCCAACAAGUUCAGCCAUGAUUCAGUUAUAGAGGAAUUUGUAUCACAGUUUAAUAAUAAAUGUCUGAGAAGCACAUGAAUAUGUGUGUGCAAGGGUGGGGUGUGGGAGAGACCAUAUACAUUGAUGUUAUGCCUGCCUGCAUAUGUGAUACAGCAACAAAGCAUUUCAACUGCUGCCAAUCUCAGGAUGCUAGGAACAAACCAAAGUGUGGAAAUACAACUUAAAACUAGAAAGGACUAAAAAAAAAAA